AAAAACCUAUAAAACCCAAUGCCGGCGGUGGGAGUCAUUUAUUUUAUUUCUGCCCAGCGAAGUGAGAGGACGUGAAAUUAUUAUCUCUCUCUCCCGAUUCUUCCCGACUUUUGGAAUAUAUUUGGGACUUUUUUAACUCCAAGAAAUAAAAACAAUAAUUUCUGAAGUGAUUAAAUAGAAAAUAAUUAUAAAAAAAACAUUUAAAAAAUGCCUUCUAUCAAGUCCUGCCUGAAGGUCCUUUUCCAAGGAGAGACCAGCUUCAUUAUCUGCGAGAAUGCCAACACAUACGAAGAGGUCAUCUCUCAAGCCAUGAAUCGCUUUGGAAUUUCGGAACAGGAGAGAGAAGCCCUGAUCCUGACCAACGGAAAAGGAUACGUGUUCGAGGCCCACCUCCUGGAGUACUUCCUGCUGCUCUUCCCCUGCCCAGAGAUCACCUUCCACCUGCGCUACGACUUCCAGCUGCUCCGGCGCAGUCUCUCCCAGGAGAGCAAGUCCUCCAAACGCAAGCGUUCUUCAGAUCCGGAGGAGGAGGAGCACGAGGAUCAGGACCAGGACUAUGAGCCAGUGCCAGUGUAUCGUCAGAAUUGCUUCCUCGGAUCUCUCCCUCCCAGUGACAGUAAUAGAGGAGCCUCUGUCCACCGACAGAGUAGCUUCUUGAGGGAGCAGCAGCAGCUGCAAAUGUCCAGGCUGGAGGAGGAGCAGGACCUGCGGGAGGAGCUGGAGGAUCUCCAGCCAAGGACAGCCUCCCAAGCCAAAAGACUACGCCUGGAGGCCUGCCACAAGCCCCGACGCACUGCAUCCUCCAAUCCCCCACCGCCACUCAUGCGCUCCAUUCGCAUCUAGGUUCCAAUUCCCCCAAAAAUUCCUAAUCCUACAAAGUUGAACUUUUGUUCCUAAAACUAAAAACAAAAUACUCUCUUAAAAAAAAAUACCAAAAAUACGUCCAAAUAUCUAUUUCUAUUUUUUUUUAAGAAAAACUUUAAUUUGUUAACUAAAGUAUACGAAAUUAUUGUAAUUCUUCUUUACUUUAAUAGAAUUAGUCUUUAGAUUUUAGUUUUUAUUUUUUUUU